GAAUAUUUAAAUAGGUGCAGCGUGUUGGUGUUUCCAGAUAUAAAAGUAAGAGAGAGAGAGAGAGAGAGAGAGAGGAGAUGUGAUGAAAGAAUGUCGACACUAUCGCGCUCAUUUCCUUGCAAACAGUCAGCAGGCGAAGGAACCCCCUCCUACUCUCUCCCCUCUCAACACCCUCACUAUGACGACACCCUCUCUCUUACCCAAUUCUCUUCCCUUCUUCAUGUUCCUCCUUCUCCCUUUCAUCUUCAUCUCAUUAUUAAUAUUUCAGAUUCCUCCGCAUCCAACUAUUCUACUAUAACCCCCACCCAUACGCACUCUCCCAAAUAUCCCUCUAGUGCUAUCAUCAUCCCAUGUUUCUGAUUGAGGAUAUCUGGCCACCACUCCAGCAAUUCCUAUCGAAUACUCGUCUUCAUUCAGCAUCGAUUUUCCAGCAACUGCCGGAAUUCAUGGCGGCGUGCGGGGACCGGGAUGCCGAGCUCUGCCGUGAUGACUCGGCCGCCUUCGUUCUCAAGUUCGUGGCCAUCGCCUCCAUCCUGCUCGCCGGAAUGGCUGGGAUCGCCAUUCCGCUCAUCGGAAAACACCGCAGAUUCCUCCGAACAGACGGAAACCUAUUCGUCGCCG